AUGACGGGUGAAGAGCAGACAUCACCAAAAACCAAUUCCAAACAUUCAAGCACCAGCGACACCAAUCCCAGUAUGGAUUCAUCACAUCCAUACUUUGUUUCUCAUUCAGAUCACCCCGGCCUCAUGCUCGUUCCCAUAAAAUUGAACGGCACCAAUUACCCAUCUUGGAGCAAAUCCAUGAUUCAUGCUCUCAUAGCCAAGAACAAAUUUGGCUUUGUCAAUGGAUCCAUUAAGCCUCCUUCAGAAACUGAACAGCCGACAAAAUAUGCUCUCUGGAAUCAAUGCAACAGUAUGAUUUUAUCAUGGUUAGCUUACUCGGUGGAGCCUGAUCUAGCCAAAUCAGUCGUUCAUGCCAAGACCGCCCAUCAAGUGUGGCAAGAUUUCCAAGACCAAUUCUCACAAAAGAAUGCACCAACAAUAUAUCAGAUACAGAAGUCCAUCGCCUCUCUCUCACAAGGCACCAUGCCAGUCUCAGAAUAUUACACAAAACUCAAAGAUCUUUGGGAUGAAUUAGAGACAUAUCAAACCUUGCUUAUCUGUAACCAGAUGAAGGCACAUAAUGAACAAAAAGAAGAAGAUCGGAUGAUGCAGUUUUCUUAUGGGCCUUAA